CCACAACCCAGCUUUCAUCAGUUUGCUCGUUCCGCCCGAAUUGAAUCCGUUUAAGCCCUCCUGCCGCGACCUCAGACGACAUUCGAUUUGUUUAUAACUCUCGUCCUUUCAGUUCACAAUGUCUUCCCCCCGUGCCACCUCUCCCGCCGGCGCCCCCGUCAGCUCGGGCUCCAACGUCGCCCGCCCCUCGUCGCCCACCCCGCCGGGCGGUCCCCGUACCGUGAUCCGCCGCCGCGCCGCCGCCGACCAGAAGGAGAAGAUUGCCAAUGCCAGGCCAAGCAGCACCAGGGCUGCCGGUGCUGGCGGCAGCAGCAGCACCAUGCUGAAGCUUUACACCGAUGAGUCGCCCGGCCUGAAGGUCGACCCUGUGGUCGUGCUCGUUUUGUCCCUCGUCUUCAUCUUCAGCGUCGUUGCGUUGCACAUUAUUGCCAAGAUCACCCGGAAGUUCUCCAGCUAAAUGACCGAGCUAUGGUGUAUGCGAGGAGUAGUCGAGGCAAAAUGGGAGGCGGAAAGGAAGAGGCAACGAGGCUCAGGCAAGACGGAGGAUGCGAAGCGCGAUGCUAUCUCUUUUGUCGCGAUGCAUCCUCUUGUCGCCGGGCUGUCGGGGCCAAAACAGGAACAAGCAAAGUUUGCGGGGGGAGACUUUAUUAUUAACGACGAGCGGGCAACGGAGAGGGAGUAAGACAACAUUGACCACGCACACACGCACACAAACGCAGGCGCAGACACAUACGCUCUGCUACUUUCUCUCUCGCUCCCUUGCAGUAAUGGAUGGCGCAUUAUCUUUCCUUGAGGGGUAAAGGAUUGGAGG